CAGCACUAUUUGUACUCGACUCUGACAAGAGUAAAAUACCAAUACGACAUCGUUCUGUCGCCAUAUCAUUUUCUUCUUCCAACUCCAAAGGCACCACAAUUCACAUACCCUUUUGCGCCUGUCUGUCAAUCUCUCAGGUCUCGACACACAAAUGGGUGCGGGGCGUGAAGUGUCCAUCUCAUUGGACAAUGUAAGAGACAAGAACAUGAUGCAACUGAGGAAGAUCAACACUGCACUCUUCCCUAUUCGUUACAAAGAUAAAUACUACUCCGAUGCCCUUGCCUCUGGUGAUUUCACUAAGCUAGCAUAUUAUAGUGACAUUUGUGUAGGUUCAGUUGCAUGUCGACUUGAGAAGAAGGAAGGUGGAGCUGUUUGUAUUUACAUAAUGACUUUGGGUGUUUUAGCUCCAUAUCGUGGUCUGGGAAUUGGUACAAAGCUGUUAAAUCAUGUACUUGAUCUUUGUACAAAGCAGAAUAUCAAAGAUAUUUACUUGCAUGUACAGACAAGUAAUGAAGAUGCCAUUAACUUCUAUAAGAAAUUUGGCUUCGAGGUUACCGGUACCAUCCAAAACUAUUACACAAACAUUACCCCACCAGACUGUUAUGUCCUAACCAAGUUUAUCUCUCAAACAAAGAAAUGAUACGUGGGAGCUACCUUGGUUGAGAUUUCGUCGAGCCUUGACAUAGUUUUGAGGUUCUGAACCUUCUGGUUCUAGUUUUUGUUAUUUAUGGGAUUUUAUACCACAAUUGUUGGACUGCCUCUCUUUUUUCUAUUUUCUUAAUGUGCAACAAGUGGUUUAAUUGUUAAAGAUAUAGGACAGUUCGGUUAAGGCAGAAUUAAGUUAUUGUUUGAGUAUGAUUGACCCCUUUAAUGGUAUAUGUAUCUUCGCACAAAGCUUCAUAGAUAUAUCAUGCAAACAGAAGCGUCGGUUUUUGCUUUA